AGGUGGGGUUACAAACCAGGAACACAUGCCCUCCAAGUUAGAUAGCUUUUUUUCCUCUUUAAUUGCCGUUUAAACACACAUGCUCUCACAUAACACAGAAGGUGAGAGCUGAAUGAAGUUUUCUGGGUAAUGGCAUGAAAUGUUUUCCUUAUGAGAAGUGGUGUUGAGUUACAGCGUGCAGACGGAGAACGGGGAGGAGAGAAACAGCAGUCUCAAUCUGGCCCCCACCUUUUCUUGGGCUUGUAGGAAGGUAGACAUGGGCUCCCGGAGACAAGACAAGUGAUAUGUUGAACUAUUCGGUGGCUGGAAUCAACUGCUCCUGGAGUGACCUAAGGCCAGUGUUUACCAGAACUUAGCCAGGGCCAGCCAAGCAGGCACAGAUGCUCUGCUAUGAAAUGCCACGCAGGCAGAGACUGACAAGCGGUAGGAACUGAGCUUUCCCCUUGGACUGCUGCUUCCUGCUGUGUUCAGGGGAGGGGGUCACUUUCUGGCAACUCUGCUGCUGCUGCUGCUGCUGCUGCUGCUGCUGCUGCUACUUCAGCUCCCUCUCCACUCAAGGUAAGCAGGCUAAGGGAGGGCAGGCUGCUAGGGAAAGCUUUGUACCAUGAACAGGAUCCGAAAGUUUUUCCGAGGAAGUGGGCGAGUCUUGGCAUUUAUCUUUGUAGCUUCUGUCAUCUGGCUGCUCUUUGACAUGGCAGCUCUCCGCCUCUCAUUCAGUGAGAUCAACACUCGGGUCAUCAAGGAAGACAUUGUGAGGAGGGAGCGGAUAGGAUUCAGAGUUCAGCCAGACCAAGGGAAAAUUUUUUACAGCAGCAUAAAAGAGAUGAAACCUCCCCUAAGGGGACAUGGGAAAGGGGCAUGGGGCAAAGAGAACGUUAGAAAAACUGAGGAGAGUGUGCUCAAGGUUGAGGUGGACUUGGACCAAACCCAGAGGGAAAGAAAAAUGCAGAAUGCCCUGGGAAGGGGCAAGGUUUUGCCGUUGUGGCAUCCUGCACAUCUGCAGACCCUCCCUGUGACUCCUAACAAGCAGAAGACAGACGGGAGAGGCACCAAACCUGAAGCCUCCUCUCACCAGGGGACACCAAAGCAAACGACAGCUCAGGGGGCUCCAAAGAUCUCAUUCAUAGCAGCAAAAGGAACUCAGGUAGUCAAAAUAUCAGUACACAUGGGACGUGUCAGUUUGAAACAGGAGCCCCUGAAGAGUCAUAGUCCCAGCAGUGACACAUCAAAACUAGCAGCUGAAAGGGACUUGAAUGUGACCAUCAGUCUUAGUACUGACAGACCAAAGCAGCGAUCACAGGCAGUAGCAAAAGAGAGGGCACACCCUGCCAGCACAGCAGUGCCGAAGUCUGGGGAAGCCAUGGCCUUAAACAAAACUAAGACUCAGAGCAAAGAAGUCAAUGCAAAUAAACACAAAGCCAAUAGGAGUCUUCCUUUUCCUAAGUUCAUUGUCAAUUCAAAUCGCUUAAGGAAGCAAUCUAUUAAUGAGACACCUUUGGGAAGUUUGUCAAAGGAUGAUGGAGCUAGAGGGGCUCAUGGGAAGAAACUCAAUUUCUCUGAAAGCCAUUUUGUGAUUAUAACCAAAGAGGAAGAGCAAAAGGCAGACCCCAAAGAGGUCUCUAAUUCUAAAACCAAAACAAUUUUUCCUAAAGUAUUGGGUAAAAGCCAAGGUAAACACAUUUCCAGGAAUAGAAGUGAGAUGUCUUUCUCUUCACUUGCUCCACAGAGAGUACCACUGUCCCAAACUAACCAUGCUUUAACUGGAGGGCUAGAGCCAGCAAAAAUCAACAUAACUGCCAAAGCCCCCCCUACAGAAUACAACCAGAGUCAUAUAAAAGCCCUUUUACCUGAAGACAGUGGAAUGCACCAGGUGUUAAGAAUUGAUGUGACACUUUCUCCAAGGGACCCCAAAGCUCCAGGGCAGUUUGGGCGUCCUGUAGUUGUCCCCCAUGGAAAGGAGAAGGAGGCAGAAAGAAGAUGGAAAGAAGGAAACUUCAAUGUCUACCUUAGCGAUUUGAUCCCAGUGGAUAGAGCCAUUGAAGACACCAGACCUGCUGGAUGUGCAGAGCAGCUAGUUCACAAUAACCUCCCAACCACCAGUGUCAUCAUGUGCUUUGUGGAUGAAGUGUGGUCCACUCUCCUGAGAUCUGUUCACAGUGUCCUCAAUCGCUCUCCUCCACACCUCAUCAAGGAGAUUCUGCUGGUAGAUGACUUCAGCACCAAAGACUAUCUAAAAGAUAACUUGGAUAAAUACAUGUCCCAGUUUCCAAAAGUUCGGAUUCUUCGCCUCAAAGAGAGACAUGGCUUAAUAAGGGCCAGGCUGGCAGGAGCACAGAAUGCAACAGGUGACGUGUUGACAUUUUUAGAUUCUCAUGUGGAAUGUAACGUUGGUUGGUUGGAACCUCUUCUGGAAAGAGUUUAUUUAAGUAGAAAGAAAGUGGCCUGUCCAGUAAUCGAAGUCAUCAAUGAUAAGGAUAUGAGUUACAUGACAGUGGAUAACUUUCAAAGAGGCAUCUUUGUGUGGCCCAUGAACUUUGGUUGGAGAACAAUUCCUCCAGAUGUCAUUGCAAAAAACAGAAUUAAAGAAACUGAUACAAUAAGGUGCCCUGUCAUGGCUGGUGGAUUGUUUUCUAUUGACAAAAGUUACUUUUUUGAACUCGGAACAUACGACCCUGGCCUUGAUGUUUGGGGUGGGGAAAAUAUGGAGCUCUCAUUCAAGGUGUGGAUGUGUGGUGGUGAAAUUGAGAUCAUUCCCUGCUCCCGAGUGGGCCAUAUAUUCAGAAAUGACAAUCCAUAUUCCUUCCCCAAAGACCGGAUGAAGACAGUGGAGCGGAACUUGGUGCGGGUUGCUGAGGUCUGGCUGGAUGAGUAUAAGGAGCUGUUCUAUGGCCAUGGAGACCACCUCAUCGACCAAGGGCUAGAUGCUGGCAACCUCACCCAGCAAAGGGAGCUGCGAAAGAAACUGAAGUGCAAAAGUUUCAAAUGGUACUUGGAGAAUGUCUUUCCUGACUUAAAAGCUCCCAUUGUGAGAGCUAGUGGUGUGCUUAUUAAUGUGGCUUUGGGUAAAUGCAUUUCCAUUGAAAACACUACAGUCAUUCUGGAAGACUGCGAUGGGAGCAAAGAGCUUCAACAAUUUAAUUACACCUGGUUAAGACUUAUUAAAUGUGGAGAAUGGUGUAUAGCCCCCAUCCCUGAUAAAGGAGCUGUAAGGCUGCACCCUUGUGAUAACAGAAACAAAGGGCUAAAAUGGCUGCAUAAAUCAACAUCAGUCUUUCAUCCAGAACUGGUGAAUCACAUUGUUUUUGAAAACAGUCAGCAAUUAUUAUGCUUGGAAGGAAAUUUUUCUCAAAAGAUCCUGAAAGUAGCUGCCUGUGACCCAGUGAAGCCAUAUCAAAAGUGGAAAUUUGAAAAAUAUUAUGAAGCCUGAAGUGUAACUGAUGUUUUUAUAUAGUAAACCCAUUAAAUACUGUGAAAAUAACACUGAACUUGGUAACUAUAUUUCUCAGCGGUAGUUUAAAUUUUCAAUUUUAAUAGCAUUUGAAUGGAAGAUUUUUAAUAAAUGACAAUAUUUGGAAUACCAAAAGAUAACUCAGGAAAACAGUCCAACAUUGGACUGAAGUCUUUCUUCAGAACUGGGUGGCCUUUUGAAUUGCCUGCUUUCCACCCUAUGCUAGACCUCAUCCUGCAAAUUUCCCUGUGAAAGCUAACAGGUAACUGGAAAUGAAGACAGAAGGACUUGGGAAAGCAUGAAGAUAUUCCCAAUGACAAUGUUUGAUAAUAAUCAGCUCUUCUGGCCCAUAAGUAGGAAUGAUCAAUGAGAACUUAACUUAGUCCUUUAUUUGGGGAUUUUUUCAUCAAACAAAAAUUUCUUGAGUUCUUAUGGCUAGAAGACCUCAGAUGCCCACAGCUAUCACGUUUGUGAAAUCCCUCCUGACUACAUGCGUGCUUACCUAACAGUCUGAAAUAGUAUUGAUCUACUGCUGGUAACCCUGCUUGAUGGCAGCAUUUUGAUCUAAAUUACGUAAUAGUUUUUCCCAAUCUGAAUCAGUGGAAAAAAAUUUAAGUGAGGAAGAAGAGGCCUUCAAAUGCUUAUUUAAUUCUAGGUAUGAACACUGUUUCAGCUCAUUUUGUGCUUUUAAAACUACAAUUUUAAAGAUUUGUGAUACCAAUAACUUCCUAGAUUCGUGUGGAUUUUUUUUAAAGGCAAUGAAAAAAGGCUGGAUUAUAACACACUGUAGUAACCAAAAAUGCAUUUAAGCAUUGAAUGCACUCUAGUGCAGGGCCAAGUAAGAGGAGUUGAAAUGAGUAAAGCAGAAAUAGAGCUGCUGAAAGUUUCUUUUAUAUAAAAAUAAUAAAAUACUACUUUAGAUAUAGUAGCAUUCACAGGGAUGAAAUAUGCUAAAAAUGGGUUCUAAAAUAUUUCAAAGGGAAAAUAAAGUGAAGGAAACAUCAUGAAAGGGGAAAGGAAUGAGGUAAACAAGUCUUAGGAAGAGAGUUAAGAAAAAAUUCCCCUGGACUCGGCCAAAGAAA